UCCUCUCUCUCUCUCUCUCUCUCUCUCUCCGGUUGUUGCCGGGCACACUGAUGAGCGUUUGAGAAAAUCAUGGACCGUUGGAAUGGAGUUUUGAAGAUCCAGCUGCAUCCAAAUAGCAGCACGUUCUACAGAGUUGCAGCAUCACUUGGCCUCUCGUCUCCCAAAAAUCUUGCAGUACCGUUUGGAAAUGCAAUAUUAUUCACCGGUGAUCGUGUGGAAGGGACUGGAAAUCCAGUGAUCGAGAGGUUAUCCGAUCCGCAAACGAUUGCCGAAAUCUUAGUUUCAAAAUUUGGGGGAUCCGUUAAUGCUUUUGUCGUUGAGGCAUCGGAAUUCAACGGUUCUUUUGCUGUUUAUAAGGAUUUUAUCCCGACUGUGAAUGAGUACGGAGAACCAAAGUCUUAUGAUGCAACUGGAUUUCCAGCUUCUACAUCACUUGUCCUGCUCUUGUCAAGGUUUCUUGCAGAGGCAAAAAACAUCAUUUUGGGGAAACAAAAAGAGGCGUACCUAUAUGAAGCUUCUCCAUCAUCAUUCUCGUGCAAACCUAAAACAGCACUUCUCGGAUUUAGUAAAGGCGGUACUGUACUCAAUCAGCUCAUAACCGAGUUUGCCUUUUCGGAAAUCCAAUCAACACAAAUCCCGUCUCAAUUAAUCAAGAAAGAAGAUGACUCGUUUAUACCCACCUCAAAAGAGGGCCUCUUCGAAAGCAUAUCCGAAAUUCACUAUGUGGAUGUGGGCUUAAAUGUCGAAGGAGCUUAUCUCACAGAUAAAGAUGCCAUCGACAGAAUAUCUGCUAGAAUCUCUCAAAGGGAAUCUGGAAUAUUCCGGUUCCUCUUUCACGGAACGCCUAGGCAAUGGCGUGACGAGAGGCGAAUAUGGAUUCGUAAGGAAAAGGACACACUCGUUCGUCUUCUCAAGAAAACUGCUCACACGAAUAUGGGGAAAUUACAUCUAUGUGAGAGAUUGUACUUUCCACGUAAAAAUCCUGAUCUGCAGAUGCAUUUCGAAAUAAUCGAUGUUAUGGAUGUUAGUUAAUCGUAAUAGUUAAUAGUUUUCAAUGCAAGUGUGUCAUUUCUAAUGUGGUGUUUGACGAGGUUUCUGUUUUGGUUCGAUUGUUUGUCUGAUGAUAAACAACCGCAUUCCCAGAAUUGGCCGUGUAUAAAUAAAUUUCAGGGUUUCCCUA